AUGGGCACCCCGGCGCACACGCUCUCUAGGGUAGAGUUCCACCCGCAGUGGGUCAGGAAGCCGCCCACGGCGGGGUGUGACAGGAUCACCACCUGCGGCGCCCAUCCCCGGAUCAGGAAUCCCCUCCCCUUGUUUCUUUCCUCGAACCCUUCGUCCCCCAGCCAGCUCUCAAACUCACGGGAAGCUUCCUCGCCCCGGGUCUUGAUGGCCCAGAUAAACGGCUGCCCAGAGGCCUCCAGACCUAAGCCUACCUCCACCAGCUGA